CCUCCCUCUCCGCGACAACCUCUCAACGGAUUCUUGUACUGGCAGCUUCCGUAUACUUUCUGAUCAACUUUUCAAGAUGUCUGAGCCCAUCAGGAAUAAGAAGGCAGAUUUUCCCGUUGCCCCGACACCGCAAAACACGCCAGCUAACAAUGCACCCAUCUCUUCGCAUGCUCAGCAGCCAGGUGUCUCCAGCAUCAAAGAAGAAUCUCUUGAUCAUGCUACAGCAGCUUCGCUUUUCGCGAGAAAUCCUGGGCUUGUCUCCAUGAUUCAAGGAAAACUUGGGUCGCUCGUUGGCCGGUCGUCGGGCUACAUCGAAUCUUUGCCCGUCUCCGUCCGUCGCCGGGUGGCGGGGCUAAAAGGUAUUCAGAAAGAGCAUGCCAAACUUGAAGCCCAGUUUCAGGAGGAGGUUCUAGAACUUGAAAAGAAAUACUUUGCGAAAUUUACCCCUCUUUACGAGAGACGUGCCACAAUCGUCAACGGUGCUACUGAGCCAACCGAGACUGAAAUUGAAGCCGGCAAAGGAGAAGAAGAAGAAAUUGACGCCAAGGACGAAGAUUUGAAACAGGGCGAGGAUGAGAAGGAGUCAGCCGUAACUGGGAUUCCGGAGUUCUGGCUUUCUGCAAUGAAAAACCAGAUUUCGCUCGCGGAAAUGAUUACUGACAAGGAUGAAGAGGCUCUCAAGCAUCUGAUCGAUAUUCGUAUGGAGUAUCUCGAUCGUCCGGGGUUCCGGCUAAUCUUUGAAUUUUCCGAAAAUGAAUUUUUCACCAACAAGACGAUUUCCAAGACAUACUUCUAUAAGGAAGAGAAUGGGUAUGGGGGCGAUUUUAUCUACGACCAUGCCGAAGGCACCAAGAUUGAUUGGAAGCCUGAAAAAGACCUCACCGUGCGUGUGGAGAGCAAGAAGCAGAGAAACAAGAACACGAAACAGACCCGUGUUGUUAAGAUUACUGUGCCAACAGAAUCCUUCUUCAACUUCUUUGCUCCUCCUCAACCUCCGGCAGAUGAUGAUGAUACCGUUGCGACGGAUAUCGAGGAACGUUUAGAGCUCGACUACCAGCUUGGAGAAGAUAUUAAAGAAAAACUUAUACCCCGAGCCAUCGAUUGGUUCACCGGUGAGGCUCUUCAAUUCGAGGAACUUGGUGAUGAUAUGGACCCCGAUGAGUUUGACGAGUUUGACGACGAGGACGACGAGGACGACGAUGAGGAUGAGGAUGGCAGAGGGUCGGACCAAGACGUCGAUGACUCCGAUGAAGAGGACGGUACUUCCAAGCCGAAGAAAGAAGCGGCUGAGUGCAAGCAAAGUUAACUGGUGUAACACGACGCUAAAGAGGCCAAUGACACAGCAGUUGUGCUAGCUUGUUUUCCGUUCCAGUUUUCAUCUUCUCUUGCUCUCCAAUUUGUUCUUAUUUUUCUUUACUCCCAUUUUUUUGCAUUAACUAGCAAGACUAUCUAAUGACCCUCCGAUGACAAGUUAAGUAUGUGUGAAACCUACAGGAUCUCUUAAUUCGAGAUAGCGGGCCAAGGUCAUUCUUCACUUAUGUCGCUUUGACAGAUUACUCCACUUUACGCUUGCUUCGCCCUUCCCCCCGCGCGUUUUCUCCUAUAUUUAAUGUUGAGUCAAUAGUGGCGCGAGGAGUAGGUACACUUUCAUCUAAUUUGUUCUUCAAUAUGUGUGCUGUCAACACAAAUGUAUAAAAAAUGCAUAAUGAAUGGAUUUCAACGGUCAUGAACUUGGUCGAUGAGUCUACUC